GCAACUUAUCCGAAUUUGUCGCCGUCUUACGCUGUUUCCUAACGAGAGUCUUUAUCUAGCAAUUCAAAAAGCUACACUCUCCCGGUUCUUGCCGUCUUUGGUCAGAACAGCGCUAGAAGAAUUGAUGAUAAAUAGUGUCAUUUUACCACCCACAGAACCCGUUGAUAUUGAAAAGUUGAAAAUUGAAAUUCUACCGUCACGAGACGACCCCAAAAUUCUUCGUAUCGGAGAAGUGGAACAGCUUAUAGCAAAAGAUUCAAACCCUCUAUUAGUUCCUGACGUGGUUUUUCACGAAAAUCCAAAGCAGACAGAGAUACUAAUGCAAAUGUUACAAGAUUAUCAAUUGGGUGAACAUUUAUUACUGAUUGGAAAUCAAGGUGUGGGAAAAAAUAAACUGGCUGAUUACUUUUUACAAUUGCUGAAGUUACCAAGGGAAUAUAUACAACUACACCGUGAUACAACCGUGCAAAGUUUAACCGCCAUACCUACAAUCAUUAAUGGUGUCUUGCAAUUUGAAGAUUCACCUCUAGUCAAAGCUGUAAAAAAUGGCCAUGUAUUAGUUGUGGAUGAAGCAGAUAAAGCUCCUACAUACGUUACAGCAAUACUCAGGAAUCUUCUUGAAGAUGGCCAGAUGGUUUUAGGAGAUGGACGGAGAAUAGUCUCAACUCUUGCGUCAAAACAUUCUAAAGAAGAAUGCAUCGUAAUCCAUAAGAAUUUUAGAAUGAUUGUUUUGGCAAAUAGACCCGGAUUCCCAUUUCUUGGGAAUGAUUUUUAUAGAGAAAUUGGUGAUGUUUUCAGUUGUCACACAAUUGAUAAUUCUGAUCCGGACUCUGAAAUGUUUCUGUUACGCAACUAUGCCCCUUCCGUCCCAAAUGAUCUUUUAUUAAAACUUACAGCUGCAUUUAGUGAUCUGAGAAAACUCGUAGAUGAAGGGUUAAUUUCUUAUCCUUAUUCUACGAGAGAGUUGGUGAAUAUUGUUAAACACAUGCAACAAUACCCAAAUGAGGGUGUUUCAUAUAUUUUACAAAAUGUUUUUGACUUUGAUCAAUAUGAUAAGGCUUCUAAAGAUCUUUUGAUAGCAGUUUUUCAGAAGCAUGGAUUCCCAGUUGGAUUGGAGUCUGAUUAUACAAUUAGGUUGGGAAGAAACGUUCCAUUGACUGGCCCGAUAAUUACUGAAGUUUGGACAAAAUCAAAUUUAGAAAGGAAAAUAUGUGAAGUGAGAAAAUUUGCAAUGAAAUUUAGA